UGUUUGCUAAGAACCACCGUCUUCGUCUUCGUCUACGUUUUCGUUUUAUCUUCGUCUUCGUUUUCUUCUUCACUAUGGCCGUUGCUUCGCUUCUUGAUACCGUUUUCAGACGAAGAAAGAAGAAGUCUACUGAGUUGAUAAACAAUUAUGCAGUUUUCGAAUUUGACUUCGACACCAUUAGAGCCGCAACAAAUGAGUUCUCAGAUGUGAUUGGUCGUGGAGGAUUUGGUUCUGUUUACAAGGGUAGGCUUCGAAGUGGACAAGAAAUAGCAGUGAAGAUAUUACUUAAAAGUUCAAUUAGAACUCAUAGACAGUUUCAUAAUGAACUUAAUCUUUUGUCAAAGCUUAGGCACAAGAAUCUUAUCAAUCUUCUUGGUUUCUCCACUAAACGAGACCACUAUUGUCUUGUUUAUGAGUUCAUGCCUAACUCGAGCCUUGAUUGUGUUAUACUAGAUCCACACAGAGCUUCUCAGCUAAGUUGGGAGAUGUGUCGAAACAUUAUCCAAGGCAUAGCUUGUGGUUUACGUUACCUUCAUGAAGAAUCAGGGUUGUGGGUCGUUCACCGCGACAUUAAACCUGCAAACAUUCUAUUAGAUUCAAAUCUAAAACCGAAAAUCAUGGGAUUUGAAUUGGCAAUGAUGAUGCAACAAGGUGGAAACGAAGCUGAAUCAACUGAGAUUGUUGGUACCGUAGGGUAUUUAGAUCCAGUAUAUAUGCGAAGCGGACGUGUUUCUGUCAAAUCUGAUGUUUAUGGCUUUGGAGUUACAAUCUUGACGAUCAUUAGCAGAAGGAAGGUUUGGAUUGUGGACGGAGACUCUUUAAUCGAAUAUGUUAUGAGAUGCUGGAACAGAGGAGAAGCCAUCGAUGUGAUCCAUGAAAUGAUGAGAGAAGAAGAAAGAGAAGAUUCGAUAAGCGAAAUCUUGAGAUAUAUUCACAUUGCUUUGUUAUGUAUCGAUGAGGAUGCGGAGACAAGGCCGAGUAUUGAUAAAGUUCUUCAUUGGUUUAGUUGUUUAUCUACGCCUUUGCCUGAACCAUUCAUUGGUAAUCGAUUUCUUGCAGAGGAAGAAACAAAUCUGUCUUGGUCACCGUCUCUAUCUCCCGGUCAUAGCUCUGUCAUGUCACCUAUAUCUUCGCGUUAAUAAGAUUGAGCAUGAUAGUAUAAGAUUAACUCUGCUUGAAUGCUCGAUUAAUGAGAGUUUAGGAUGAGAAUGAUUAAUGUAAUUUGCCGUUGUUUUCUUGUGUUUGUGCCGUAAUCAAAUAAAAACUAUAAAGAGGAUAGAGCGAUCCAAAACUGUUUUAUU